AUUUUGCUUGCUUUUGCUUUCACGUCUGUCGGCAUUUGUAACUUCUUUUAGAUUCGAGGUUCCAAUUUCUCUGAGCUGCACUACAUAUUAGCCCUUUUUAUAUGCAUAAUUCGUGUAUGUAUAGCUGCUGGAGUUGAAGAAUGAAGAGGCUACCAAUUUCUGGCUGAAUUCUUUUGGCUUUAAUUUCACGAGUGCAUUUUUCCAUGCUUGAAGUCUGGAGAAUCAGCGGGUGAGAAAUUUGGAUAUGAGUCGGGAAGCUUGAAGCCCAAAAUACAAAUAAAGGCUACUAUCAAAGUUUUCUUCAGGCUGAUACUAUAUGAUUUCCAAUUUACUUCAUGAGACUGGACAAACUGCUGUUAGAUUGCACGUACCAGUUCAGUAUUUGAGGUCUUCAGAGCUCAGAUAAACGGAUAUUCAACUCACAUCUAUUAUUGAAAAUGUGUGUACAAAUGCGAAGAUUUUGCUGGUUCUAAGUAAAUGAGGCUUCUGGUAGAAAUCGCACUUUUUUGCAUCCUUAAUGCAGUUUCGAUUCAGCAAGUCUUUUGUGAUGGGGUGUCGACAAAGUCUGAAACUAACAAGUGGACAUGCUCUUGCUCUGUUUCGUAUCAAGCAAACUUGAAAUUCAUCCCAGCAAACUGUUCUUCAUCCUGUGAUUGCAGCCCUGCUGUGGGGGGAUCAAGAGGAGACAAAUGGACGUGCUUUUGCUCUAAUGGUGGGUUUCCAAGAUUGGUGGGUGAUGAUGAAGGCAGCUGUUUUACAGCAUGCAAUUGCAAUGCAGGGACUUUAUCUGAAUUAGAGCCUCCAAAGAAGUGGGUUUCAAGCAAAGUUGUCGUAAUUGUUCUCUUACUAUGUCUAGUCCUCAUGGCUCUUGCACUAGUGGCCUCAGUAUUAUGGUUUGUCCAUUGGAAGGAUAGACAUCGGAGUCAAUGGAGUUCAUCUUCGUCAGAUAAGCUAACAAGUUUCAGUAGUGCUACCAACUUGAUGAGCCGAGGGUCGUCUUCAUUGCUUGUGUAUAAAGAGUAUCAAGAUUCCUCUGUCAAGCCUUAUUUAGGAUGCAUUCCUAGGAUUUCUUUCCUACUGAGAACCAGACAAGGAGCAAUACAAGGAACAAUAACACAAUUUUCAUAUUUUGAGCUGGAAAGUGCAACAAACAGAUUUUCUGAUGACAAUUUGGUAGGAGUUGGAGGUAGCAGUCACGUGUAUCGUGGUACUCUCAGAGAUGGUAGAACUGUUGCAAUCAAGCGAAUGAAAACUCAAGCGGGCCCUGAUGCAGAACAUGCUUUCUUGUCUGAGAUCGAUUUGAUAUCCAGAAUCCAUCACUGUCAUGUUGUUCCUUUGUUUGGAUACUGCUCUGUAAAUCAAGGGAAGCUUGCUGAAAGGUUGCUGGUGUUUGAGUACAUUCCGAAUGGUAAUCUAAGGAAGUGUUUGGAUGAGGGUUUGGGCGAAUGUUUGGAAUGGAGCACUCGAGUUUCGGUAGCUCUUGGGGCUGCACGUGGCUUGGAGUAUCUACAUGAAGCUGCCGCCCCUCGAAUCUUGCACAGAGAUGUCAAGUCCACUAACAUUCUUUUGGAUGAGAAAUGGAGGGCCAAGAUUACUGACCUCGGCAUGGCUAAACACCUACAUAGUGACGAUUUUGCCAGUUGUUCAAGUUCACCUGCUAGAAUGCAAGGGACCUUUGGUUACUUUGCACCUGAAUAUGCAAUUGUUGGUCAAGCUUCUCUAAAGUCCGAUGUUUUCAGUUUUGGGGUUGUCCUUCUUGAGCUCAUCACAGGCCGAAAGCCCAUCUACAAAUCAUCUAAUAAAACUGAAGAGAGCCUGGUGAUUUGGGCAACACCUCGUUUGCAUGACAGCAAACGCGUGAUUAUGGAGUUACCGGACCCACGACUGAAGGGAGCUUUUCAAGAAGAAGAGAUGCAGGUAAUGGCCUACUUAGCAAAGGAGUGUCUCUUAUUAGAUCCCGAUUCUCGACCAAGCAUGACUGAGGUUGUCCAGAUUCUUUCAACUAUUGCACCACACAAAUCUAAAAGGAAAAAUUUGCCGCUAGCCGCAUUUCAGUAUUCGUCCACCUGCACCAUGGAAAGGCCGAAGCUCGAAACAUGUGAAGCGGUGUCAUCCAGAGAGGAAAUCAAGCAAAUUAUGUUUGAAACCAUGAAAGACAAAAGAUCAGAGGAUGAUUACUCCAAUGACGUUGAGAAACUCAUGCUUUUAACAUCGAAAACACGAAGUUGGCGCUUGCGAGACGAUGAGGUGGUUGUGGAUUUAACAGAGCCACGGUUCGAGUCCUUCUGUUUACCGAAUGUUGAUCCCACAUGACAUGACCCUCAUUUGUGUUUUGAAGAAGGUGCUCACAUAAGAAAGAAAGAAAGAAAGAUAUUGUAGUGAGGAGAGGAUUUUUGUUAUGUCUGAUCUCAUUUCGAAAUUAAAUUAAAGAGGAUAGCAUCUGGGAUGGCUCAACCUUUUGUGUGUGUGUGUUUGUGUGUUUCUGUGUAAAUAUUUUUUUCUCAAGGUUGAGACUGUUUCAUAUAUCUCAGUCAGCUGUGUCUCAUAUUUUGAUCAUGGUGGGUCUGCUGUCGCGGAUUGUAUUUGUAGCUUGUUCCCAUUUUUCAUGUGAACUUCCUG